CCGCCGAGGCAGUGUUUGGGCCCCGAGAGUCUUGGACGCGAUCCCAGGUCACACGCGCGACCUCUUGACCCGCGAACAUUGAGCAUCACACUUUGCUAUGCUCACCAGCAUAAUUUUGGCAUCGUGUCCAAGAAUAGCGCCCGGAAUUCCUCGUCAGUCAUGAGUGCUUAAGGUGAUGAAUCUUAAAAUAAACUCCGCGCGAGUGAAUAAAUCCACACCAAAGGCUGUUGGAUGGCUUUCGAAUGACCUGACCAUUAAUAUUUAUUUACCUCCAACCCAAAAUCGCAGAGGAAAAUUCCCUCCUCAUCCCCCAAAAUGAAGACGAUAUGGCGCAUUGACAAGGGAAAAUAGUUCAGUGGAUUUAGGUGAGGUGGGGGGAGGGAAAGUGUGAGAAAUUGUGUCUCCAGCAGACACUCAAUUCCCUCAGGUUUUCCCACCGCCGUCUCGCUUGCAACCCAUUUUCCAUGUGUCGAUGCAGAUGGUGCACCAUCGUUCUCGCUGAGCGGGAGAAAAAACUGCGCGCAAUGUGACAAGAGAACCCCAGGAAGAUGCACUGUUAGAAAAGUGAGAGAGAGUACUUUCGCGCGAGAAAGCUCAGGAGAAAAGCUCUCUCCCUUUGCAGUUUUUUUUUCAAUCGGUUUGACAACUAAUAAGCAGAAGGAGGGGCAAAACGCAAAAUCACGACUUCUAAUUUUGAAUCAAAAGCAAGAUUUUAAGAUCGUACUAUCAUCAUUAGCGACAAAAUCUGCUUAAAAUUAUUUAAAAUAUAGAAAAUGAUCGUGAAAAACCAAUGCUGCCCCAUCUUGCCCUAUAAUUAUUGAAAUAGAAUAGUUUAUCAUGUGUUGAAGCUCAUGGAAAUUCCAACAUAUGAAGACACUUUGGAGAAAAACAUUCGAUUCUUUUGCUCUGUCGAUUGCUAACAGUGUACAGUGUGGGAGCCUUUGUAAGUUUUUUAUCGUAUCUCGUGUCGUGAAAGCUCUUGGCGCUCUUCAGACGCGCAAAUGCCAUCAUCAUAUUGUCUUUCAAUUAUUUUCACUUGCUUUUCCACUUGUUUCUGUCCUCCUUCCACCCACACCACCCUCUCCCAUCCAGGAACUUUUACACCCAUCGUAAUAUUUUGCCGAGAUAUUGCACUUGACAUUGUUAAACUGUUCAACAAUUCUCAAAGCUGUGCGUGUAAAUUUCUUUUUCAGUGGUUUUUUUUCGAAUAUUAUUGGCAAAGAGAGAAGUGUCCGGAAAAGACAGUGUUUGUGUGUAGUUAAGAGAGAAAGAGAGAGAGAGAGAGAAGAACCAGUGAAAAUUGGACCAAAUGGGAUUAAAGUGAACCUUUUGAGAGCGCGAUGUUUCGACCACUCUUUAUCUUUAUACCCUUCAUUCUGGCAACAGGAGCCUUUGGCGUCACAAUUCACGACAUUAAAGUUCCCUCGACGUACAUCUUGGAUGAGGACAACGCCGAGCCUCUCGUCCUGGACUGCAUCUACGAUGUGAACCACCGGGAAACGGGCUUCGUCCUCAAGUGGCUCCUCAACGAGCAGUCAGUCUACCAGUGGAUCCCGAGCGUGGGUCCUUUCGCUCUGCCGCUGCUGAAGAAUCGCAUCGAUGCGUCGUACGAAGUGUCGCAAGACAGUCACCAGAAGCACCGGGCUCUGGCCAUCGUGAAGCCCUCGUGGAACGUCACAGGCAACUACACGUGUUCUGUCCAGACCUUCCAGUCGUCCGAUCGCAAGUCCGCCCACCUGCAAAUAAUUGUUCCGGAGAAAAACUUUCAGCUGAAGCAUCACUGCUGUGAUGAGGACUCGACAGUGGACAUCAUCUGCAGCACUUCAGGGAUUUAUCCUGAGCCAAAGCUUGUGCUACUCUUGAACGACAAGGCGGUUGGCAAUCAGGUGGGAAAUCGCUCCAAACCCGACGACGAUGGACACUUUGAAGUGAUCGUGAAUGCACGCGUGCCACGCGAGAAGAUGGAUUCACCCACGACAAUCAAGUGCAUUCUCACGAUUCCCGGCACAAAUUACUCGCGCAAGAAGGAGUCAAUCUUCUAUGACAGACUAACUUUUGUGCCAACAGCAAUGCCUCUGGAUGAGGAUACAACUGCUAUGUUCCGCUUAAAAGUUGCUCAUGGCAGUGGAUCGAUGAAUGGCGCGAGCAUCCUUGCUGGAGUCCUUCCAUUGCUGGCACUUCUUCUGCACUGGACGUAAUUGAUGUCUGGGCGUCAGCCACCAAAGAAAAAGGGUUGGGAGACAUUUUAUAAAUGAUUGUAUUAGUUCAAUGCCUUAUCAUACUAACUGAGAGAAGAUCUCUCUCUCUCUCUCUCUCUCUCUUUCUCGCUUCAUCCUGGGGUAAAUCUUGCCAUUUAUUCAAGCUUAUAGAAUGCUUUUUACAAUUGCUUAAUUUAUUUGAUGACUUCAAACUCCACUUAAUAAUGCACAUUUAGGAGUCUCUCUCUUCUCCACAAUUGAUCCAUUAUUUAUUACUUGGCACAACAAUUUCCCACCCCCAAAAGUACAUGCUAUAAAUAUUGAGCAGCAGUGUCACUGCAUGUAGAGUGCAAUAUAUUAGCACUUAAGAGGAUUUCGGGCUGCAAACUUCCGCGCAAACCUCAAGCUUCUGGCAUCAUUUUGAGUGUAUGUCGAGAGUCAAUAUCUUCAUGGGGGGUUGGGCACAAUCACACCCCCUUUCCACUAGACACUGGCAAGCUCUGCUGUAGUCACGGUGAAAGUAUAAAUUGCACAGGAGGCAAGAGAGAGAGAGAGAGAGAGAGAGAGGGUGGAAAAAGUGUAAAUCAUUAACUCUAAUGAAGCAAAGAGGAUUGUAGUGAAUUAAUGUGUAAAUACAUAGUGUUUGUAUUGGAAAAAUGCUCAUGGCCCAGAGAGAAAGAGGGGAGCUAAUGACCACAAGUCGCUGCAGCGAGUGCAAGGCUGAUGUAAUUAAAUAUUUCUUGUGCAAGUGUUGGAGACUAUUCAGGCGAUUUAAUUAGCUGGACUUUUAUUCACACCACCGAGAGAGAGAGAGACGCGCCCAAACCACCCCCAAAGCGAAAUGAUGCAGCCUUGCAGUCAGGGAAGCUGUAGCAAAAACACCCCAUGCCAAAGAGGGCGAGAAGUGCUGAAAAUAUUAACUUUCCACACACACAUACGUGCCCAAUAAAUUCACACAGAAACCAAACAGAUUUCGCGCCACUAUGUUUAUGUACAAAGUCAUUAAUGUGUAAAUUAAUUUCUGUAAGUUUCAAUAAAGAAAAUCACUGCA